GAGCGACCCCGCCCCGGAGCCUGGGAGCGGCGCGCCCGCGCGCGGGGGGGAGGGGAGACCGGAUGUGAGUGGAGCGGCCAUUUCCUGUUUCUCCGCAGUUUUCCCCAGCUUUGGGUGGUGGCCGCUGCUGGGCUCCGGCUUCCCGUUGGCGGAGGGCGAGGCGGCGUGGACAGCGGCCCCGGCACUCCGCGCCCCGCCGCCCGCAGCCGCGCGCCCGCCCGCCGCGUCCCGAGUGCGCCGCUUCUCGCCUCAGCGUCCGGCCGCCGCCGCGGCCCAGCGAGCGGCCCAGAUGCAGGCCAUCAAGUGUGUGGUGGUGGGAGACGGAGCCGUAGGUAAAACGUGCCUACUGAUCAGUUACACAACCAAUGCGUUUCCUGGAGAAUAUAUCCCCACUGUCUUUGACAACUACUCUGCCAAUGUUAUGGUGGAUGGAAAACCGGUGAAUCUGGGCUUAUGGGAUACAGCUGGACAAGAAGAUUAUGACAGAUUACGUCCCUUAUCCUAUCCGCAAACAGUUGGAGAAACGUAUGGUAAGGAUAUAACCUCCAGGGGCAAAGACAAGCCGAUUGCCGAUGUAUUCUUAAUUUGCUUUUCUCUUGUGAGUCCUGCGUCAUUUGAAAAUGUUCGAGCAAAGUGGUACCCUGAAGUGCGACACCACUGUCCCAACACCCCCAUCAUCUUGGUGGGAACUAAACUUGACCUCAGGGACGAUAAAGACACGAUUGAGAAACUCAAGGAGAAAAAGCUGACUCCCAUCACCUACCCGCAGGGUUUGGCCAUGGCCAAGGAGAUCGGUGCUGUAAAAUACCUGGAGUGCUCGGCGCUCACGCAGCGAGGCCUCAAGACAGUGUUUGAUGAAGCUAUUCGAGCGGUUCUCUGCCCCCCUCCCGUCAAGAAGAGGAAGAGAAAAUGCCUGCUGUUGUAAAUGUCCGGGCCCCUCUCCUGCCCUGCCCCCCCUCAGAACCUUUGUACGCUUUGCUCAAAAAUGGUGGAGCCUUCGCACUCAAUGCCAAGUUUUUGUUACAGAUUAGUUUUUCCAUAAAACCAUUUUGAACCAAUCAGUAAUUUUUAGGUUUUGUUUGUUUAAAGUGUAAGACUUCAAACUUUCACAUUAUAUUAAAAUUUAGCCCUAAAAUGGCAAGCUUUUUUAAAGCCUUAUUUUUCAGAAGCCCCUAUUCUUGCUCAGAUUAAGAGUUGCCAAAAUACCUUGUGAACUAAAUUGCAUUGUUGUGCUGAGAACACUAAGCACUAAACCGUUUAAGACCUUUGUCUUGAGAAGAGACCGCAGCCAGCCUCUCAAGUUCAGACGCACAGACCCUUGCUGGCUGGUCUCUGCCGGGAGAGCCCCCAGCCUCCUUCCGGAGACUGGCCGCCUGGCACAGCCCGGCCGCCCCCAGCACCGAGCUGUGUGUCCUCCUGGAAAGAGCGUAAUGACUCAGCUCUCUGAUCAAUCUUUUUGAUUUUGUAGUGAGAUUUUUUUUUUUAAAGUAGUGUAUUCGCUUUUGCUGAGAUUUGGAACCGCCCUCUGGCUCCCGCCCCUGUGAUGAACGGGUCCGCUGUGGCCGUGGGCACCUGGGGAGGGUGUGCGGGCCAUGGGACGCGAUCAGAGGACGAAGACAGUAUUCUGACAAAACACUACACUGUGCACGUCAUUACUAAACUGAAAGUGUCACGGGUAAAAUCUUAAAAGGUUAAUUUCUGUCAGAUGCAGUAAAUGAUGAAAGGUCGGUAUCAUCACUAAGUGUUUUAAGCUUUUUUUCUUAGACUCCAUCCCUCCUGAGAUCGGGCAUUUAAUUCAUCUUUGAACUGGUCGUUCCCAUAGUUGCUGACUUAGUGCUUUUCUUAUAGAACCCCUUCUUAAUGAGCAAUAUGCCUCCUUGUAUUAUAAAAUCUUUCUGAUAAUGCAUUAGACUUUUUUUUUUUGUAGAUUAGUGAAAGUGCAUUCCUGUUCCCUUGUUACUUUAUUCAGAGCUAAUAAGCGCUUUCCUUAGUUUUCUAGUAACUAGGUGUAAAAAUCAUGUGUUGCAGCUUUACAGUUUUUGAAAUAUUUUAGAUAUUCCUAAACUAUGAACUUUCGUAACAUCACUGUCUUGCCAGAUCACCAGUACUGUACCUUGACUAAUGCUGACCCUCCUCCUCGCCGCCUUCCCCUGGACACACGCUUCCUGUCGCUCUGCCUAAUCAACCACGUUCCUUUGGGUCUGUGAGGUUCUGUAAGCCCGUGCUCGUGCUAACCAAGUUCUGUACAACUUACCCGCUGGCAAGAAUCCAAGGUUGGACCUUUCAACCACUAGAACAAAGUUUUUUAAAUUGACCGUUGCAGACUUGUGGAGUGUUUUUACAUUGAUCUUUUGCUAAUGCAAUUAGCAGUUAUGUUUUGCAUGUGUGACUUAAUAAAUCCUUGAAUCAUA